AUGUAAGAGACAACGCUGGCAACGCGGAGGGAACGCCAACAACACCAGUACGGUUCUGUCUAUCCUGGGAGCUCCGGUGGAGUACCUGGGUACGAUAGCGAACAGCCACGAGCUAGGCUUUCUCCGUGACGACUAUCAGCGUGCUGGUAUUAUAAUAGACAACUGUGUUAUAGUGGACAAUUGUAGCUGCCCUGUCUCCCUCGUACUGCUCAGCUCGGUCUCAGGAUCAAGAACUAUUAUUCACGACAGCGGGUCUCUACCUGAACUGACACACAAAGACUUCCAGGUCGACCUCGGUUCCUAUGCCUGGGUACAUUUCGAGGGGCGACCAAGCGCAGCAGAGCAGGUGAAGAUGUUGAGAGAUAUAGAUAAUCACAACGCGGACCUUGAAGAAAACGACAGGAUAACCACCUCCGUGGAGCUAGAGAAAAACAGACCAGCUUUAGCCCAGCUCAUUGACAAAGCUGACUACGUGUUUAUCAGCAAAGACUAUGCCACAGCCCACGGAUUCUACAGCAAAGAGGACGCAGUGGAAGGGUUUGUGGAUAAAAUCAGAGAAGGAGCGACGGUAAUAUGCGCGUGGGGAGAGGACGGCGCCUGCGCAAAACCAAAAGGAGAGCCAACUAUAUCUGUGCCCGCCAUUUCACCCGGAACUAUUAUUGAUACUCUCGGAGCAGGAGAUACUUUUAAUGCGGCCAUGAUACACGCACUCUGCAAAGGUGCAGUGCUGCAAUCCGCUCUAACAUUUGCCUGUAAAGUUGCUGGAGAAAAGUGUGGAAUGAAAGGCUUUAGUGGCUUGCGAUACACAGAUCUGUCAUUUGAAGCAGAGAGCGAUGGUAGUUCUAGUGGCAGCAAAUAGACACGAACAUAUGCAGCCUACUUAAAGAACUUACCUUGUAGGCCUACAUGUAUUUGGUGAUUUUAAAACUGUAACACAUUUACCCGGAUUGAAAGCCAGUUCCCAUCCAUAGUGUGUCGAGUUUAAGGUGGCGUGUGCGUUGUAGUGACACCCCCAUAACGUUACUAGUCACCUUUAAAGGAGGCUAACCUCAUCAUCGAUCAGCACUAGUAGUGCCUUUAUAUAAUUAGGCCUAUUUUUAGCGCCUCUUCCCCGUUGUUAUUCAUUGUUUAUUUAUUAUAUUUAUUCAUUGUUUAUUUAUUAUAUAUUUAUUUUUUGCAUGAUUGCCACACAGUACUAUUCUGCCCUUCACAAUGGCCAGGGUUUUUUUUUUUUUACUAAAUAUUCACAGAUAUGUCUCUGGUUAAAUGAUGGGACUUUUAUUUUUUUAUAAAUUUGUGGAGAUAAUUAACCCAGGCGGCAAAGAGUUUUUGUGGUUUUAAGAAAAAGUAUGUUAUACAUAGCAAAAAAAGGAUUUAUCAAAAUAAAUGUUUUAAAAAUAAA